GGAGCUGUUAUCUCUAUCUCUCUCCGUUCCUGAAUUUCAUUCGUCCAAAAGGCCCACACUCACAAAUGCCCAAAAGAACACUUUCUUUAGUGAGAAAGGUGGUCAAGAAAGCUAUAAUUACCGCUUAAGCCGGCGCCUAACACGGACCCGAAGAACCCAAUAUAUUAUUACUAAGAUUAGAUUAGAAAGCCAAACAACCGGGUCCUUUCUUUCAAACACUCGUAUGAUUUUAGUCGUAAUUUAUUGCAUUACUUUCCUACCCAUCCGUUCUUUCAUUCGAAUUCCAAGCCCCCCGUCAAAAUCCCAACUUUGUAGCAAUUUCCCACAUCCUUUCUACACAGCAGAAUUCCGUUUUCUUAAUUUUUAGCAGAUCUGUGAAUGUUUAAUAUAACUACCUUCAAAAUUGCGCAUCUUUGCUUCAUUGCGUUGCCUUGUUGUUUUCCUUUUCUAAGGGGAGAGUCUGGCAAACCUCUCUCCUUAGAACAAUUGCUCUCAAAUUUCGGCUAUGAAAAAACUGCUUUAGUUGGGGAUCAUUUCAGCGUUUUUUUUAAGAUAUAAGUUUUUUUUUUUUUUUUACAUUUUUCUAGAGAUGGGCUGCUUUUAUUGUAUACGAAUAAGAACUUCUUGUAAUAAGGAUAUAAGGGAUUAUGGUGAAGAUAUGGUUCCUGAACCUCGCAACUCUUCAGUAAAUGCGAAGGUGAAGGCUCAUCCUGAUGGAGAUGAUGCAAUUGGGAAGAAAAGAGGGGAGAAGAAUGGGGAGAAGGGGUCCAAUGUAGCCCGUAGUUUCACGUUCAAGGAACUAGCAACAGCCACACAGAACUUCAGGGUAUCCAAUUUGCUGGGGGAAGGCGGGUUUGGUAGCGUGUAUAAAGGGCGUCUCGACCCUGACCUGACCGUUGCUGUCAAACAACUUAAUCUUGAUGGGUUGCAAGGGAACCAAGAAUUCAUUGUGGAGGUGCUUAUGUUGAGUUUACUUCACCACAAGAAUCUUGUGAAUCUGAUUGGAUAUUGCACAGAUGGAGAUCAGAGACUCUUGGUUUAUGAAUAUAUGCCUAUGGGUAGCUUGGAGAAUCACCUCUUUGAUGUGGAGGUGGGGAAGGAGCCACUUAGUUGGUGCACGAGGCUAAAAAUUGCGGCUGGUGCGGCUCAUGGACUCGAGUAUCUACAUUGCAAAGCAAAUCCGCCGGUCAUUUACCGUGAUUUGAAAUCCUCAAAUAUUUUGCUGGACAAUGAUUUCAUCCCGAAGCUAUCAGAUUUUGGGCUCGCGAAAUUGGGGCCUGUCGGUGACAACACACACGUUUCCACACGGGUGAUGGGCACAUAUGGGUAUUGUGCGCCCGAAUAUGCGAUGAGUGGCAAGCUUACUUUAAAAUCUGACAUCUACAGCUUUGGCGUGGUUCUCUUGGAGUUGAUCACUGGGCGUAAGGCUUAUGACAGUAGUAAGAAUCAAGGGGAGCAGCACUUGGUUCUUUGGUGUAGGCCAUUCCUAAGGGAUAGGAGCAAGUUUGUUGAGAUGGUUGACCCGCUACUUGAAGGUCAAUACUCUAUCCGUUGUUUGCACCAUGCGGUUGCAAUCACAGCAAUGUGCCUUCAGGAACAAGCAAACUUCCGGCCGCUUAUCACCGACAUUGCCGUUGCGCUAGAGUACCUAGUCUCACAAGCAGAAAGCUCGGAUUCUCACAGACCAGGGGGGUGUGGUAAUGUCCGCCUAGGCAGCCGGCACCCAGAUCCAAACUCCGAUCCUUCAUUACAAAGUUCGUGCAACAUUUCUGCGCCAUCCUAAACUGCAGGCUGUCAUCAAUGUUUGUGGGUUCAUAGUGAAGAUCAGGUUAUACAUAUGUAUGUACGAAGACUUUACUUUUAUUUGUUUGUUGUUGUUUUAGUACGAUGGUCAGCAAGAAGCCAUUUUUGCUACUACAAUGUUGUGCGGGAACAGUUUUGUGACUAAUUAGAAGCAAAAAAGGAAAAAGUUGUAUCUUAGAAUCAGAGAGUUUACUCUGGGGACAUGACACUGUCUCUAUAUAGGUCCAUUGUGGACAGAUUGACUGUAAUUCAUUGGUACAUAGUACACUGGCUGCGAGCUGUGAUAUUUUCUUUUAAGGUCUUUAUUUUUCUUAUAUUUUUU